AUGGGGCUUCCGACGAGUCAGCUGCUGGCUGGCCUGUGUGUGUGGAUGGCCUUGGGCUGGGCAGGGGGCUCUGGCCCUGACCUUGGCCCUGCCGAGCAGGAGCAGAACCAUUACCUGGCCCAGCUGUUUGGCCUCUAUGGGGAGAACGGGACGCUGACGGCAGGGGGCCUGGCAAGGCUUCUCCACAGCCUGGGGCUGGGCCGAGUGCAGGGACUUCGCCUGGGACCCCAGGGGCAUGCAGCUGGCCGGGCCUCCUCUCCAGUUGGAGACAAUUCCACACACAGGCUGCAGGACUCAGAGCUGAAUGUGGAUGUCUGGGCAGGGCUGCCUCUAAGUCCGUCAGGGUGGGGGGACCUGAGCAAGCCCGAGGCCCCGUCCCCUCCCCGUGGGCCAGGCCCUUCGGGGCUGGGCCUCUUUCACAGGCUCCUGCUGCUGGACCACUCACUGGCUGACCAUCUGAAUGAGGAUUGCCUGAACGGCUCCCAGCUGCUGGUCAAUUUCGGCCUGAGUCCAGCAGCCCCACUGACCCCGAGGCAGUUUGCUCUGCUGUGCCCGGCACUGCUUUACCAGAUCGACAGCCGAGUCUGCAUCCAGGCCCCGGCCCCCAGUGCCCCUGGGAACCUACUGUCUGCCCUGACUCACAGCGCCCUGGCGGUCCUGCUCCUCAGCCUCCCGGCUCCUCUCUCCCUGCUCCUGCUGCGGCUCCUGGGACCUCGUUUGCUGCGACCCUUGCUAGGCUUCCUGGGUGCCCUGGCCGUGGGCACACUCUGCGGGGAUGCGCUGCUCCACCUGCUGCCUCACGCACGAGGACAUCACACGGGCCCGGGCGGUCACUCCGAAGAGGACCUGGGCCCGGGCCUGUCGGUACUUGGAGGCCUCUUCCUGCUCUUCGCGCUGGAGAACACGCUGGGGCUGCUGCGGCGCCAGAGGCCCAGGCCAAGAUGCUGCUGGCACACCGGGAAGGAGCGCCGGGCACGGAACCCAGACCCAGAGGAGGGCACCACCGUGGCCCUGCAGCAGGCCACAGCACCAGAGCCAGGAGCUCAGGGCCAGGGGGAGCAGGACAGUCGGCCCCCACCGGGGCACCAAGGCCACAGCCACGGGCACCAGGAUGGCAGCUUCACAUGGAUGGUUCUUCUGGGAGAUGGUUUACACAACCUCACUGACGGGCUGGCCAUAGGCGCCGCCUUCUCCGAUGGCUUCUCCAGCGGCCUCAGUACCACGCUGGCGGUGUUCUGCCACGAGCUGCCACAUGAACUGGGCGACUUCGCCAUGCUGCUUCGGGCCGGGCUGCCCUUCCGGCGGCUGCUGCUCCUGAGUCUGGUGUCUGGCGCUCUGGGACUGGGGGGCGCAGCCCUGGGGGUGGGGCUCAGUCUGGGCCCCGUCCCGCUCACCCCCUGGGUGUUUGGCGUCACAGCAGGGGUCUUCCUCUACGUGGCCCUGGUGGACAUGCUCCCGGCCCUGCUCCGUCCUCCCGAGCCCCUCCCUGCGCUCGAGGUGCUCCUGCAGGGGCUGGGGCUGUCGCUGGGGGGUGGCCUCAUGCUCGCCAUCGCGCUGAUGGAGGAGAGGCUGCGGCCCCUGCUGCCAGAGGGCUGA